UCAGAAAUAUUCAUCGUUGAGGGUGAUUCAGCUGGUGGAAGUGCAAAACAAGGCCGUGAUCGGCGCUUUCAGGCUAUUCUUCCUUUAAGAGGCAAAAUUUUGAAUAUUGAAAGAAAGGAUGAAGCAGCUAUGUAUAAAAAUGAAGAGAUUCAAAAUCUUAUUCUUGGUUUAGGACUUGGAGUUAAGGGGGAGGAUUUUAAUAAGGAAGCUCUCCGUUAUCAUAAAAUCAUAAUUUUAACAGAUGCUGAUGUCGACGGUGCUCAUAUUCGAACGUUGUUGUUAACCUUUUUCUUCAGAUAUCAGAGAGCUCUUUUUGAGGAAGGUUGCAUAUAUGUUGGUGUUCCACCUCUUUACAAGGUUGAGAGGGGAAAACAAGUAUACUACUGCUAUGAUGAUGCAGAACUUAAAAAGGUCCAGCGUUCCUUCCCUUCAAAUGCAUCAUAUAACAUACAGAGGUUCAAAGGAUUGGGGGAGAUGAUGCCAGCCCAGCUAUGGGAAACAACAAUGAACCCGGAGACUAGGCUGUUAAAGCAAUUAGUGGUGGAGGACGCAGCUGAGGCAAAUGUUGUCUUCUCUUCACUUAUGGGAUCCAGGGUUGAUAUUAGGAAGCAACUUAUACAAAAUUCAGCGAGCAUGAUGAACCUCGAGCAACUGGAUAUAUGAAUGUGAUGGCAGGGCUUUGUGGCACUUGAUUUUCCAAUUCUCCCUGGAAAGCAGACAAGGAUUUUAAUUACCAGUACCUUGACAUGCAUCACAGGAUCUUGUCCUCCCUUGUUUAUUUUUUGCUUUCCAUAGUAUUCACUCUUGUCCAAUGGAAUUUAACUUAUUUAGUUAGCAAUGUAACAUAAUGGUUGAUGUAAGUAAUGAGCUCUAGGAAUUGUCCCUUAGUCAAUGAGGUGUUGCUGGUCAGACUGAUCUACUGAUGAGCGAUGAAAGUACUACUACUACUUUGUGCUCUGUCAUUCUCGAGGAAAUAUAGAAAGUUGUGGUGGUCACUUCAUCUUUUAUAUUAAAGACCACAUGAACAAAUGAAUGUCCUCUCUAAGGCUGUCAAAAUUGUAUGAAUUACCUUUAGGGGGUGUUUCACGAACUCCAAUUCUGAUGUUCUACUUUAACAUUGUUAAGGAGUAUGGGAUGUUUGACAACAUUACUUGGAAAGUGUAACUCUUAUAAUUUUGCUUA